AUGCUAUCCUCGAGUUCGCCAAAUCGCCCACCCGUCUCCCUUUCUGUCGCGCGUCACGUCGCCAUCUCGUCGCGCGUCACGUCGCCAUCUCGUCGCCCGUCCCGUCGCCCUCUUCAUCGCCCUCUCUCCCUCUCCUCCCGCCGGCCUCUCUCUCGCCCCUCCCUACCGAUCGCCCUCCCGUCGCUCGCCCCGUCACACUCUCUCUCUCCGCUCCCUUCCCAUCACCCUCUCUCUCGCCCCUCCCUUCCCGUUGCGCUCUCUCUCUCCGCGCCCUUCCCGUCGCCCUCUCUCUCGCCCCUCCCUUCCCAUCGCUCUCUCUCUCUCUCUCUCUCUCUCUCUCUCUCUCUCUCUCUCUCUCUCUCUCUCUCUCUCUCUCUCUCUCUCUCUCUCUCUCUCUCUCUCUCUCUCUCUCCGCUCCGCCCUCUCUCUCGCUCCUCCUUCGAAUCGCGCUCUCUCCCGGCUCCCUUCCUGUCGGCCUCUCUCUCCGCUCCCUUCCCGUCGCGCUCUCUCUCUCCGCUCCCUUCCCCUCGCCCUCUCUCUCGCCCCUCCCUUCCCGUCGCGCUCUCUCUCUCCGCUCCCUUCCCGUCGCCCUCUCUCUCGCCCCUCCCUUCCCGUCGCGCUCUCUCUCUCCGCUCCCUUCCCAUCGCCCUCUCUCUCGCCCCUCCCUUCCCGUCGCGAUCUCUCUCUCCGCUCCCUUCCCGUCGCCCUCUCUCUCGCCCCUCCUACCCGUCGCGCUCUCUCUCUCCGCGCCCUUCCCGUCGCCCUCUCUCUCGCCCCUCCCUUCCCAUCGCGUUCUCUCUCUCCGCUCCGCCCUCUCUCUCGCUCCUCCCUUCGAAUCGCGCUCUCUCUCCGCUCCCUUCCCGUCGCGCUCUCUCUCUCCGCUCCCUUCCCGUCGCGCUCUCUCUCUCCGCUCCCUUCCCAUUGCCCUCUCUCUUUCUGCUCCCUUCCCAUCCUCCCUUCUCGCUCGCCUCGAAUCGCCCUCCCGGCGACCUUCGACUCUCCCAUCACGUAUGCCCUCCUUUCUCCGUCGCCUCUCUCGUUCUCCCUCUGCUAUCGCGUCAGCGUGACCCAUUCCGUACUCUGUUAUUGUGCUUGGUUUGUUUGUUUUUUCUGUCUUUCCAUCUAUUCUCGACACCCUCUCUCCCGCCGCCUAUCCUCUCUCCCGUCGCCCUCCCGUUUCCCGUCGCCCUCCCGUUUCCCGGCCCCCUCCCGUUUCCCGUCGCCCUCCCUUUUCCCGUCGCCCUCCCGUUUCCCGUCGCCCUCGCGUUUCCCGUCGCCCUCCGGUUUCCCGUCGCCCUCCCGUUUCCCGUCGCCCUCGCGUUUCCCGUCGCCCUCCGGUUUCCCGUCGCCCUCCCGUUUCCCGUCGCCCUCCCUUCUUCCGUCGCCCUCCCUUUUCCCGUCGCCCUCGCUUUUCCCGUCGCCCUCCCGUUUCCCAUCGCCCUCCCGUUGUCCGUCGCCCUCCCGUUUCCCGUCGCCCUCCCGUUUCCUGUCGCCCUCGCGUUUCCCGUCGCCCUCCCGUUUCCCGUCGCCCUCCCGUUUCCCGUCGCCCCCCUUCUUCCGUCGCCCUCCCGUUUCCUACGCCCUCCCUUCCCGUCGCCCUCCCGCCUCAAGUCCAAGGUAGCACAUUGA